AUAAUAGCUUCCGGUAGCGUGCGAAAAAACGAAAAUAGAAAUUAUUAAAAAAGUUACCGACAAACAGAUUAAGUAUGGCUGAUGAUUGGGGAGCUAUUGUUGAUGAGCAGGAAAAAAAUAUAACCCAGAAGGUUGGAGGUUUAAACAUCGCAGCUGGCACCUCAGCUAGUAGUGGAGACAAGGCUGAGGGGAGCACUACUGUGACACAACCAUCUGACUCCCAGGUUGCAUCAGCUAGUGGCGGGGCUACAGGAGGGCCCACAGCAGGGGCUACAGCAGGAGCAGGAGAUUCUGCCUCACCUAAAAAGGAGUCAGGAGCUGCAGGAGAAGAGGAGGAAUCUAGUGCCUCAAAAGAAGAAGAAUCAUUGCUAAGGAAACUGCUUCAUUCAAAGCUUGUAUCAACAAAAGCUGAUCUAGAAGUUUUACAGAAAGACCCAAACUCACCCUUGUAUUCAGUAAAAUCAUUUGAAGCCUUAAAUCUAAAACCUGAACUGUUAAAAGGGGUGUAUGAGAUGGGAUUCAAUGCACCAUCAAAAAUACAAGAGACAGCUUUACCAACAUUACUUGCAGACCCACCAACCAACAUGAUAGCUCAAAGUCAGAGUGGUACGGGAAAAACAGCUGCGUUUGUGUUGACCAUGUUGAGUAGAGUAGAUCCCAAUUUCCCACAUACACAGUGUUUAUGUUUGGCCCCGACAUAUGAGCUAGCUCUUCAAAUAGGAGAUGUCACAGAAAGAAUGGCUAAACAUAUGAAAAAUGUCAAGAUUGGCUAUGCUGUGAAGGGUGAAAGAAUUGCAAGAGGACAGAAAAGUUUAGAUCACAUAUUGAUAGGAACACCGGGAACAGUGUCAGAUUGGUGUACAAAAUUCAAAAGUAUCGACCCUCGAAAGUUGACAGUGUUUGUCCUAGAUGAGGCGGAUGUUAUGAUCGCAACACAAGGCCACCAAGAUCAAAGUAUUCGCAUACAAAGACAGUUAUCAAAAACGUGCCAGAUGUUGUUAUUUUCGGCCACAUAUGACGAUGAAGUCAUGAAGUUCGCACAAGCAGUGAUACCAAAUAAUCCAGUUGUGAUAAAGUUACGACGAGACGAGGAGAGUUUAGAUAAUAUCAGACAAUUUUAUGUACAGUGUCGCGAUCAGGAAGAUAAAUUCCAGGCAUUAUCAAACAUUUACGGAGCAAUAUCUAUAGGUCAAUCAAUGAUCUUUUGCGCUACGAGAAGGACGGCUCAUUGGUUAUCGGAAAAGAUGACAAAAGACGGCCAUGCUGUAGCGUUAUUAUCUGGCGACCUUGAGAUUGCUCAGAGGGCGGCCAUUAUAAAUCGGUUCAGGGACGGCAAGGAGAAAGUUCUUAUAACAACAAACGUGUCUGCCCGAGGAAUCGAUGUGGAGAUGGUAACAGUCGUGGUGAACUUUGACCUCCCAAUCCUCCAGGAGAGUAAAAUGGCUGACUGCGAGACCUACCUACAUAGGAUAGGACGAACAGGAAGAUUUGGCAAAGCUGGUCUUGCAAUCAACAUGAUCGACUCCAACAAAUCCCUCCAAGUAAUGAAAGCAAUAGAAAAACAUUUCAAUCGUACAAUUCAUAAGUUAAAUGCAGACGACAUCGAAGAAAUCGAGAAGAUCAGUACCUGAGAACGAGAGUGAGAGCAAAAACUGCGGUCAAAAUAGUGUUAUAAAAUGUACAUAAUACAUCUCGAAUCAGCAUCGUGUUCACACAUUUUGCCUUAUCAUUUAAACCCAUUGCGGAACUCUUGACUUAAUAAUAAUUAUAGGAUAUUGAAAUUGGUAGAAUGUCGGAAUAAUUUGAACUUGCUUAGAGUAAGCAGCAAGAGUCUUUUUGCCAAAGUACAUUUUUAAUGUUGUUACAGAAGCUACAACUUUUAAUGACAGUGAACAUUAGUGAACUUUUAAGAAUUAUGUUUAAGGAAUUGAAGGAACGUUACUUACACAGUGCUAUCUUUUAUUUAUUAUGUCUUGAUUUAUACUAAUUUUUGUAUAGAGAAAUCUCAGAUGAUGUCCAGUCUUUUUGUAUGUCAGAUAAAAAAAUUCAUACUUAGGGUUUUAAUUUGAAAAUUUUGUUCUUAAAGAAUAAAUCAAAGGAUAAUGGCAGAAAUUUUGUAUUUGUAUCAAAAACAAAUAAAGUACAAAAGUUAUGAUGAUGAAUGUUCUUUAAUAAAGCUUGCCUUUAAAUUCAGUAAAUACAUGUAGUUUGAUAUUUUAUUACGCAAUGACCUGAACACAUAAGAUAGGGAUUAGAAAUGAAAGUACAUGUACAUAUCACUGUAGAAAUUUACAGGAAGUUAAAUUUUAUUUUUAAUGAAGGGAUUAAUUCUAUGAUUUAUAUCCUUAUCUGAUAACAGCUCAUUCGGUAUUUUGACAAUUUUUUGGAAAUGGUG